CUAUGAGUUUCUGAAUAAAGAAGGAAAAAUCUGUGAGGACGAAAACUCUCCUUCGUCCCGGCGAGUUUCUCCGGUGAUCGGCAGUGUCUUUCCGGCAUCUACAAAAUUUCACUAGCCGUUCGAAGAUUAUUGGAUUAGGAAGUGUGACUUCGCUUUUCAUUAGAGAAAAAAUGGUGCAAAGUCAAUCGUUAAGCACAUUAACAAUCUGUGGGAGUGUACAAGUUUACAGCACAUGGAGGAAUCGUUUAAAUCCAGCAAAAUCAUCAGCUUUGGUUGGUAAUCGAUGCGUUUCGUGUCGAUUCCUUCGUAGAUCAUCAUCUCUUAGAAGCCAUUGGAAGUCACUGAAGCAAAGAAAUCUGUUGAGGGUCGAAGCUAGAUGGCCAUUUCAAGGAGGUGACCAAGGUCCAGACCCGAGCUCUGAGCGGAGCGAGAGUGCGAACGAGGAUAUUUUGAUCUUCUUCUUUCAGCUAGAUUUGGCUACUCGUGUGCAGUAUGCGUUGAAUGUGGAGCAGUACGACAUUGCGCAACAACUAAGAGAAAAGCUAACUGAGGUGGAAGAGGAGGCUAUAAGGCUGCAAGAAGGGAAAAGAGGAUCAUCAUCAAAAAGUGAAGCUCAAGACAAGGGUAUUAGCCUCAUAAGGCUACGUGCAGAUCUUCAGAACGCCAUUGACAGUGAGGAUUAUGGUUUGGCAGCUAAGUUAAGAGAUGAAAUCUCAAAGCUUGAGGCGGAAUCGUUAGCUGUGUCUGCGAAAGCCUUGGCUUUUGAGAAUGCAAAGUAUGCAUUUCGUUUGGGACAGAAACUUAGACACAAAACUUUUGGUUACCGGGCUGUAGUUUGCGGGAUGGAUCCAGUUUGUUGUGAAUCAAGCUCCUGGAUAGAAGCUGCAGAGGUUGAAAAGUUGCCUCGUGGAUCCAAUCAACCAUUUUAUCAGGUUCUAGUCGAUGUUCGCACACAUCCAGAUCUACUAGUGGCAUACGUUCCUGAAGACAAUCUAUUAGCUCCAGAGAAACCCGACAAAGAAAGGUUUGAUCAUCCAUACAUUUCUUUUCUCUUCUAUGGAGCGGAUACAGCUGGAGAUUUCAUCCCAAUCCAACAACUGCGUGAGAAGUACAACAAACCCCGGCAUGAAGUUCCUUAUGAUUCACAAGACGAAGAUUAAGAUGAAAGUGGCAUGUUAACCUAAGAUGUCACAGUCACAGACUCGAGUUCAGACCACACAACAAAGCAAGAAUCUUAGCAUAGCUUAGAGCUGCUCCCUGUUGAUUAUAUUUUAUAUCCUUGUAGAUAUAGUCAACACAACUGUUCCUGCUCCAUACACUAAAACAAAUCGACUUUAUCCAAGAAUGCUUUGUGUAUAUAUAACCUUCUUUAUUCAUCCAGAAAAGCUAUGA